AAGAAGUAAACAUUUCCCAGUAUAAAGGUUUUUAAACAGCAGGCAUCAGAGUGACAAGUGAACUGAACCGAAUUUCAAAAACAAAUCAGAAUCAUUUAAACCAGAACAGAUAAAAGCAGAGAUCAAGAUGAAGACUAUACUUGCUGGAUUGAUCUUCGCAAUCAUCAUUCUGAAUGUUGGGACCACAACCAUGGCACAUUGUGAUAGCUACGUCCAUGGCUCAGUAUGUCCGCUGGGGUUUAUAUUCAAUGAACAAUUGGGCUCCUGUUAUAACUUUGUAAUAUCUGAGAAGACAACAUGGUAUAAUGCUCUUACAUUUUGUAAUUCCAUGGGUGCAAACCUUGCUGCGAUAGAGUCUCAAGCGGAAUAUGAUUUCUUAAGGAACGAGAUUAAAGGGCGUGGAAUAGUUGGCGAUGGUGCAGAAACAGGAAAUUCCUUCUUCAUUGGAGGCAACUUUCUGAAUGGAAUGUGGCAAUGGGCUGGAGGCCCAUCUUGGAAAACAAAAGUAAUGUUGUCUGCUCCUUGGGCAAGUUCCCAACCUAAUGCCGUAAAUGUAGACAAAUGCACCGUACUUUGGGGUAGUGACCAAAUUGCAUAACUGGAAGUGCCCUCUUUUGUUGCACUACAUAUGUAAAAUCAAAUUACAAUAAUUGAUUUUUUCCUAUGGGAUAAAUAUGAUUCAAAACUAAACAAAAUAUUAAGAUAGUAGACUGAGUGAGAAAAGAGUGGUUGGAUAUGACUAGAUGAAAAUGGAAAUAACUGUAUGACUGAAAUAUAUCAGUAGACA